AUGGCGCCACCACCCCCCGCCCCCCCCCCCCGGGCCCCCCCGCCCCCCCCCCCCACAUCCACCGAGGAGGCUGUGGUACGUGCCCCCCGCACCUCUGUGCAGGAGCCAUGCCACUGGGAUAGCCCCAUGAUGUGCAGUGUGUGCUCCCUGUGCCACUACUGCACUGUUCUUGGGGAGCACAAGGAGGCGGUGCAGCUGUGCCAUGCCACCCACAACUGUGCCUGCCACUGCCACCCUGGGUUUUUCACACAUGCUGGCUUCUGCCUGGAGAACACACCAUGUCCACCUGGCGCCAAUGUGAUUGCUUGGGGCACCUCAGGCCAGAACAGUGCCCAGCCGUAUCCCCCAGGCAUCUUCUAGGCCAGCAGCUCCAGCUCAGAGCAGUGUCAGCCUCACAACUGCUCAGCUCUGGCUCUUCCCAGGACACCCUAUGCAGUAACUGCAUUGGCUUCCUGCUCAGCUGGCCCUGGGGAGUGGGGAGAGCCAGAUAGGAGUCUAGACCUGCAUACUGCACCACCACCACCACCGCCCCUGUGUAGCUCCAAUACACUCACCUGCUUCACACACAGGGAUUCCCUUUUGUUCUGUGAACUCCCCAGAGCCCAGAAAGCAGAGCACCUAAGUGACCCAAGCCCCUGCCUUACCCCGACCCUCUUUGCAGGGCCUGAGUGUGAGCAUGUGCUCAUCAACUUUGUGAUCUUCCAGGAUGUCUCCUUUAAGAGGCUUCAGUGACUGUGGCACUGCAGUGUCACGGCACUCCGUGGGGCACCGGUAGCACAGCUGUUGUAUGUGCAGGGUGCAAAUGCCAGGGCUGGAGCAGAGUAUCCGCGCAUGUUUCCUCCCCAUGCACUGAGCGCGGCCCCUCUUUCAGAAAGCUUUUUUUAAAGGGGAACUUAUUAAAAGUUUAUUUUUAUAAGGCCAUUUGUAACAUUGGUUGUACCCCUGUUGUGGGGCUACACCAGCGGAACACUUGGGUAGAAGUCUCACCCCAGGCCCCCAGUUUUCUAGCCAGAAGCAUGCCCCACCCCACCCCCAGCAAGGGUCAUUGCAAGGGGCCUGGUGCUGGUGGUCCCUCCUACUGGUUGUGGCACAUGGAGGGGGGACACCUCCAGUUUACUUACUAGAGG